CGGCCCGGCCCGGCAGCACGCGCUCUUCCCCCUCCCAGCGACCGACGGACGAACCUAGGAACCUUCGUGUCACGGGCGGAGCACGAAUAUCCCCAUCCUUCCAACCGCUUGUCCGGCAGGCGACGACGCGUCCAUCGAUUCCUUCCUCCACCUCCUCCUUCCCCGGCGACGCAUGUCUCCUCCUCCGAUCCACACACCCCCGAGAGAUUGAUCGAUCGCCGAUCGAUCCGGCCCCCGAGCACACGAUCCACCCAGCAUCCGACCGGCCGCCGGCGCGAGCGCAAGAUUCAGAUUUGCCCCGGCGCGCGGGAGGGGCCGGAGAAGGAGGGCGAGCCAGGAUGGGCGCGUGGAUGUCGCGCGUGUGGUUCCUGAUGUUCCCGGCGCGGGAGUACAAGCUCGUCGUGGUGGGGCUCGACAACGCGGGCAAGACCACCACGCUCUACAAGCUCCACCUCGGCGAGGCCGUCACCGCCGCGCCCACCAUCGGCAGCAACGUCGAGGAGGUCGUCUUCAAGAACCUGCGCUUCGAGGUGUGGGAUCUAGGUGGACAAGAGAGCCUACGAACUUCAUGGGCAACAUACUACCGAGGAACUCAUGCUGUCAUCAUAGUAAUUGACAGCACCGACCGCGCUCGGAUCAACAUCAUCAAGGACGAGCUCUUCCGGUUGCUCCAACACGCAGAUCUGGAGGGUGCAGUGGUUCUCGUGUUCGCGAACAAGCAGGACCUCAAGGACGCCAUGUCCCCCGCCGAGAUCACCGAUGCCCUCUCCCUCCACAGCAUAAAGAACCAUGACUGGCACAUCCAGGCCUCGUGCGCCAUCACCGGUGAGGGCCUGUACGACGGCCUGGGUUGGAUCGCCCAGAAAGUCACUGGCAAGGCGACAGCAAGCUGACGCGGAUUGACUGUGUUUCCAUGGAUUUAUUGAAGGUGGCAGGAUGGGUUUGUUCUUACUGCCGCCGCCUUUAGUGUUUGUUUUGUUUAUGUUGCAAGGCUGCAUGAAAACUGUGUCUGUAUUCCAACCAAUCUGAAUAUAAAAAUUGAAAGGAGCAAAUUUGCACGGUGUCAAAUAUGAGAUUUUAUCUGA